AUGACGAUGUCGUCGCCGGCCUCCACCCACCUCCUCCGCUCCGCGCCCGCGGCGCCCCUGCUCCCUCGCCGCGCCUCCCUGCAGCUCUCCUGCGUCGCCAGCGGAGCCGCGCCAAGGAGUAGGAGACGGAGCGGCCGCCUGGAGGUAGUCCGCGCGGCCACCGCGGAGGUGGCCGAGGCCGCCGGCGCCCCCGCCUACACCACCGAGUCCCUCAUCCUCUACUUCAAGGCGGAGGGCACCAUGGAGGAGAGGUCUAUCCCCAAGAUCACCCAGGCUCUCGAGGGGAUGGACGGCGUCAGUGACCUGGAGGUGCUCAUCGAAGAAGGCAUCGGAAGUGUUGUGUUAACGAAGGCGACAACAGUCCAAGCUACUGGGGUCGCCUCAAACCUGGUGGAAGCCAUCCAGGGAGUUGGUUUCAAGCUGCAAACUCUGAGCCUCAGCUUCGAGGACUUUGACAAGGAGGAUGCUGCUGCUGUUUCGGGAGAAGGAGCAGACGUCCAAGCCAGCGAGUGA